GCCUCCACAGGCCAGGUGCAAUGCCUGUAUUAGUCUGCUAGGGCUGCCAGAACAAGUACCAUGGACUGGGGGGCUUAAACCCAGAAAGUUAUUUUCUCACCCUUCUAGAGACUAGAAGUCCAAGAUUAAGGUAGCAGUAGGAUUGUUUUCUUGGGACUUCUCCUGGUUUAAGAUGGGCAUCUUCUCCCUGUGUCUUCACAGAGUCUUCCCUCCCUGAGUCCUAAUCUCCUCAUUUUACAAGGACGCCAGUCACAUUGGAUUAGGGCCCACCCUAAUGCCUCAUUUAACUUAUUGACCUCUUUAAACACCCUAUCUGCAAAUACAGUCUCCUUCUGAGGUACUGGGGGUUAGGACAUCAACAUAUGAAUUUGAGGGACACAACUCGAUAUAUAACAACACCCCCAGACCCAGAGCCUCACUUCUGGCUGUGGGUGAGAAUGGAAAAGUUGCACUGGAGAUCACCAAGCCACAGGGGCAGAAAUGGAACUCAGAGGGCUCUGAACACCCCACCUGUGGCCUUUCACUCCUUGCCUGGCUACUUCUGCCACUCCUGUCCCUCAGCCACAUCCUAGAAAGAGAGCCCCAGGGCACCCUGCAUUCUGCACUGGCAGUGUUGCUGCACGGCUCUCCUACUCUCCUGCUCUCCCCUGACCCCAGGCACAGCUUCCGUUACCCUCUUCUGGGUAGAUAAACUCAUGUCACCUCUCCUGCCAACACAGAGCGCAAUGCGAUGGACUCCGACCGAGCUUUCGGCCUUCUCUGUCUUGUGGAGCUUUGCUCCUGCUGGCCUCGCUGCCCCGAACUUCCCUGCUCUUCCCCAGCCUCCUGAAAGGCCGGCAGAGACCAACGCCAGUGUGGACGACUCAGCGCCCCCCUCGGUGGCCCAGCUGGCCGGGCGAUUCAGGGAGCAGGCGGCCGCUGCAAAGACACCAGCCAGUAAGCCAACAAGAAGGAAACCGCCCUGCUCCCUCUCUCUGUUCCCCCCCAGGGUAGAGCUGGGCCAGAAUGGUGAAGAGAAGUCACCGCCCAAUGCAAGCCACCCUCCUAAAGUCAAGGUGAAGAGCUCGCCUCUGAUCGAGAAGCUCCAGGCCAAUUUAGUCUUUGAUCCAGCGGCCCUGCUGCCUGGGGCCUCACCCAAGAGUCCUGGACUCAAGGCCAUGGUGUCACCAUUUCACAGCCCACCUUCUACCCCCAGCAGCCCUGGCGUGUGGUCUCGGGCCAGCGAGCCGGAGGAGGUGCCCGUCAGCUUUGACCAGCCUCCUGAGGGCAGUCAUCUGCCCUCUUACAAUAAGGUGCGGACAAGGGGCUCCAUAAAAAGGCGCCCUCCCUCCAGGCGAUUCCGAAGGUCUCAGUCGGAGGACUGUGCGGACCUGGGGGGGCUCAGGGCCGAGGAGUCCUCCCAGGAGAAUGGGGCCAAGGAAGAGAAUGGGGACGAGGUGUUCCCAGCCAAGAGCAAGACCCCAGGAUCCCCUCCUCUGAGGAGGACGCCCAGCUGGACAGAGAAGCAGGAGGAGAAGGGCAGGGCUUUGAGGGUAGCCCAGCAGCACGAAAAGGCCGUGGGGAGCUCCGAGGAGGGGGCCAGCCAGCGUCCAGCCCGAGCCUCCAGCCCAGAGGCAGAGGACGGGGGUGGGAGCCCCACGGAGGAGAAACCGGCUGAAGGGCAGAUGGAAGAGCCUACGGAGGUGAAGGAGAGGGUGGCCAGCGAAGAGGAGGAGCCUGAACAAAGCAGCCGAGACACAGAGGGGCUGGAGGAGGGAGCUCUGGGGGAGGAGACCCCCCAAAGCCCCCCUGGAGGAGGGGAGGGCGACCACAGUUCUGAGCAGGGGGCUGGCAAGGAAAAGCAAGAUGACGGGACCAUCCUCGAGCCAGGCUGUGACCCUGUCACUGACCACGUCCAGCCGGACACUAGCAGUGAGGUCCCCAAGACAGAGGAUAAUACCCCUGUCCAGGACACUAAAAUGUGAAGAAGAUCUCACUGUGCCUAGUGAUGAAGCUGCUGGAGCCGUGUCCUUGAAGUAGCAGCAAUGAUUGUAGCGGCAGCAAAGGAAGCCAUCGCAGAAGCAGGAUGGGCUGAGGGUCUGGAGUCAGCCUGAGGACACAGGGUGCCAUUUCCCGACCUCCGCACCAUUGUAGACAGAGAUUGGAUCUGAGGGCAGCAGACUUUUAUCAACUUGAUAAAAGUUGUGUCACUUGAUGGACUUGGUUUAAAAAAAAAAAAAACUUAUUUAAAACAAUUUACUAUGGUGACAACUCCCCAGGGAUACUGGUCAAACUGUGGGGCCCAUAUACUGUCCACACCCACCUAACCCUAUAGCUGACCUCAGAACUGGACUGGGAUCUACCUAAUCAGAUUGUGUUUGUGUAAGGUGACAACCUUUUUAUUGUUCUUAAGUUUUCAUGAUUCUCAAGCGUAAGUAAAAACUCAUUUCAAGUAGCUAGAAACAAAGUAGUAUCACUGGAAAUAUAAAUCCUGUAAGUUACAGAAGACCUUAAAUUGUAUGGAGACCCUGAGACGACCUUUCAGCUUGGUCCAGAUUUGACUGGCCAACCAAUUUUGAAAACAUUGGCCGAGAAGAGAUAAUUCUUGAAACAUUGAAAAAUAUGUGUCUGUUCCAGCAACAGGAGCUUUUCCAUCAGGUAAUUCUCUAGCUGGUGAUACACUGGGAGGCGACCAGCUCGGCUCACCUGCUUCUGCCAGGGGGAGAGCAGGCAGAGGCAGGCAGCAACUCCUUUGGAGAGGCAGGAUGUCUCUGUGCUGCAUUUCCUCAUCCUGUAAGCAGAGCAGUGACACCUGGACAAUGCCUGCCCUCUGGUUAGGAUGAAGUUUGUGCUUCCAGAGGGGGAGCCUCGAGCAUGGAUUAGAUUUCUCCUGGGAAGUGCUUUGAGCAUCGUGAUGUGCAAGCUACAUAAUGAGAACGUCCUUCCUGGCUUCCCUGACUUGAAUGGAAACCCAGGCUCUCCUCCCCGACUCAGGAGGGGUGGGGCGGGUCUUCUGUCUGUUCCUCCUGGGUAACUCUUGCUUCAUCGGUCUGUUCGGAGAGUGCAUGAGGCUUCGCCGGGGACAGGGGGCCUGAUACCCCUGCCUUGACAUAUCCUCUCCCCUCUUCCCACACUCCUGCUGAAAGAUGCUCGUCCAAAUAAAUGUUUAAUCUUAA